GCGGGUUAACAGACAUGAUUUCAUUUCAGGGCGAGCGACUGAAGAAAGAGAGAGAGAGAGAGAGAGGAGGCUCAGUGGCGAGCAGACGAAGGAGAAGUCAGAUGUUUAUCUGCAGAAGAAGAAACAAGGUUUGCGUCUCCAUGGCGACAGGUGUGUGUGUGUUGCUGAGUGUGUGGGUCAGUGGGUGCGUGGCGUUGAACCUCGACACCUCGUUCCCGCUGCUAAAGACGGGUGGAGAUGGAAGUCUGUUUGGACUGUCUGUUGCUCUGCACCAAGACCUGAAGACAGACAGCUACCUGCUAUUGGUCGGAGCACCCAGGGAGAAGGCGGAGCCUAAUGUUCCAGCCAAUCGAACAGGAGGAGUGUACAGCUGCCCGAUCACUGCCAACCAAUCAGACUGCAGCAGGUUGAAGCUGAUAGACCCAGACCUGAACCUGUCGGAGGACCUGAUUGAGGACAUGUGGUUGGGCGUUUCAGUAGCCAGUCAGGGCCGACCUGGGGGAAGGAUCCUGGCAUGUGCUCAUCGCUUUGUUAAACUUUACGGAGCAUUCAAGCUCAGACACAUGAUUGGCCGCUGUUAUCUCCGUGGAAAUGACCUACAGUACGAUGACACAGACAUGCACUGGCAGAACCCAGACCAGCCCUGCAGUCACCUGGGUGAUGUCAGCAGCGAGGUCAUGUGUAACAUGGGGAUUUCUGCCUCCAUCACUCAGACUGAGAUCAUCGUUGGCUCACCUGGAAGCUACGAAUGGCAAGGUAACGUGCACGUCUCAUGGAUGAAUCCAGACGUGGUCUUUGACAUUCAGAGAAGCUCCUUCCCCAACAUGGAGCACAGAAACAUUUAUACAGGAUAUUCGGUGACUCAGGCUCAUCGUCUUCUCUCUCAAGACGUUGAAACCAUUGUAACAGGAGCUCCUAAGGACAGUAAAGAAGACGCUCGUGGCUCCGUACUGUUGGUGGCAAAGCAGUCUGAUAAACUGAUGAUUCAGCAAACUCUGCGCGGUGAACAGAUGGGCUCGUACUUCGGUAACGCCGUGGCAACCACUGACCUCAACAACGACGGGUGGAACGACCUGCUGGUGGGCGCUCCUUUUUACUUUCACCGUCAGCAGGAGGCGGGCGGUGCAGUUUAUGUCUAUAUGAACAAAGGGGGUUUGUUUGAUUCUCAGCCCAGUGUGGUUCUGAGAGGUCCGGCUGGGUCAGCGUUUGGUAUGUCUGUGACUGCAGCUGGAGACCUCAACCAGGAUGGCUUUCAGGACUUUGCAGUCGGCGCUCCUUUCCAUGAAACAGGAAGUGUGAUGAUCUGGACCGGGAGCAGUGAUGGGGUCUCUACAGAACCGAGCCAGGUGAUCCGGGGAAGCAGCGUCUCUCCUGGGUUCAGGACUUUCGGGUACUCUUUGACUGGAGGUCUGGAUGUUGAUGGGAAUAAAUAUCCAGACCUGCUGGUCGGAAGUCUGGACAACACUGUCGCACUGUUGAGAGCUCGUCCAGUCAUUCACCUCAACAAGACACUCAGAGUUUCUCCGGACAUCAUUGACCCGAACAGCUGUGACUCCUGUAUUCAGGUAGAGGUGUGUUUCUCAUACAUCUUCAGCACCGGAGCGACGAGUGACAGAGACGACAUCACCGUCCACUUCACUGUAUCUGCUGAUGUCACCAGCUUCAAGUCCCGCCUCCGUUUCUGUGACAAUGGGCAAAGCAUGUACUCUGGUUACCUGACGACACCAAAAAGACGAUGUCAGACCCUAAAAGUCGGACUGCUGAGUCCGGUCCGAGACAAAGUGGAACCUCUGGGGUUCUCCCUGAAUGUCUCUCUGUACGAAAAGCUUCCUAAGAAAAGAAACGCUGUUCAGGACCUGAAACGCUUCCCUGUGCUGAACCAGCCCCCCCGACCCAUCACAACCCAGAUCCACAUCCAGAAGGCCUGUGGUUCUGAUAAUCGUUGCCAUAGUAACCUGCAGAUGACAUCCCAGUUCACUGAUGAGAACCAGAUACCGCUUCCCAUGGAGAAGGACAGACAAGUGUUGUAUUACAAUGGCAGCAUUAACCGAUUGUUCCUGGAGGUUAACGUCAGCAACACACCAUCACCGGACCAACCAGCAGAAGAUGCUCACAAUGCUGUUUUGAACAUCAGCAUCCCACCAUUGCUCAUAUACUCCGGAGUCCGAGCCAAGGGUGACGUCCAGUCGGUGGUUGAGUGUUCUGCUAAGGAUGAUGUUCUUCUCUGUGAGCUGGGGAACCCGUUCAAAAGCAACCAGAAGGUUCAGGUCUCGAUCAUAUUUCAACCAUCUGAGGUCAGUUUGGACACCAGAGAGAUUCAGUCUGUGCUGCAGCUGUCCACACUCAGUCUUCAGUCCGACCUGCUUCCUGUCUCCGUCUCCUUGUUGGUUGAGUUUUCUCUGCAGGCGUCUCUCACUCUCAUCAGUCCUCCAGGCCCCAUCUCCUUCAGCGGUGAUGUGAUCGGCGAGCUGUCCAUGAAGAAAACGGAGGAUGUCGGCAGUCUACUGCUCUUCACCUUACAGGUGCACGUCAAAGGGAAGCCACUGGGUCGCCUAGGCAACCUGCAGGUGGAGUUCGAUUGGCCUAGGGAGGUGUCCAAUGGGAAGUGGCUGCUGUACCUUACAGAGAUCCAAAUGAACGGCACGUCAGAGCCUCUCUGUUCUCCGCCUGGCAACAUCAUCAACCCCCUCAACCUCAAGCUGUCAAACGAGGAGAAGAAGAUGAGGAGGAGGAGUCUGCAGGAGGAGGAGGAGGCACAGAGGGAAGACACUCGACCUGUCCUCCACCUGCAGGGACAGAAGAAAAAGUCCUACACUCUGGACUGUGUGGGUGGGGCUAAGUGUGUGACGUUCGUCUGUCCGCUGGUCAACAUGAAGAACUUGGCGACUCUGACCGUCCGAGCCCGGCUGUGGAACUCCACCAUGAUCGAGGAUUACAGCAAUGCGUGGAGUGUGUUGGUUCGAGGCCGGGCGACUCUGAAGCUGCAGACUGACAAACCCACCAUCAACAUGGAGUCUCACAGCACAGAGAUCGAGGUCCACGUUUAUCCAGAUGUGGGGCAGCAGCUGGACUCCAGUGCCCCCCUGUGGAUUAUCGUGGUGUCUGUCCUGGCUGGGGUCGUACUGCUGGCUCUGAUCUGCUUGCUGCUCUGGAAGUGUGGUUUCUUUGUGCGCCAGAGGGCGUGGCGUGCCACGGAGCUCCACCAGGGGAGGAUUAUGGGUAAACACGAGCAGCAGCAGUUCAUGGACACUGAUGGUUUCCUGAUCCAAGACAACAUCUCCUCAUCUAGAAACAGGAAGUCACCAAAACACUGGGUCACCUCCUGGACUGAGACACACUAGGUAUCCAUGGAAACGCAUCCUGAACCGGACCAAACUGGACCAAACCGGACCAACACACUGCCAUUUAAUACCUGCUCUGUGAAUGUGUGUGUGCUGUGUACGAGGAAAACCUCGUAACCUGUUUACAUUCAGUUCAGUCAGUUAAAACACAGAGAUACAAGGUUUGUUUAUAUAUGUCUGUUUCUUAUUUAUGUGUAUGUGAUUUUUUUAUACCUGUAUAUGAACUGCAUUUCCCAGCAUCCUCUUGGCCUCUGAGUAAGAUCAAAUAUGAAGAAAUUCAGGAUGAAUCGGUCAAUUUAAAGACUGAUUACUGACUAUUGAUUACUGAUUGCGGAAAUGAUGAAUAGGAAGUAAUCAGGAUAAAAAGUGUUGCUGCCUUCAAGGACUCCUCAUAAACUUCAAUGUAGUGAAACUCUGGUGUUGCUUUCAGGUGCUGAAGAAUCCUGUAUAAAUGUGU